UUUGAUAGCUCAGCAUGUCAAUAGUAACAGUGCAACUUGGUCAGUGUGGCAAUCAGAUUGGUUUUGAAGUGUUUGAUACUUUAUUUAGUGACUCGCACUGUUCCCAGGGACUCUGCUCUAAGAAAGAGAAUGAAGCAUAUCAAACAUCUUGCAAAGAAAGAUUCUUCAAUGAGCAAGAAAAUGGAGUUCUAGUUGCACGGGCUGUUCUUGUUGACAUGGAACCAAAAGUCAUCAAUCAAACACUAUCAAAGUCUGCCCACUCUGGACGAUGGAAAUAUGAUCAGUGUGCAUGCUUCUGUCAAAAACAAGGUUCUGGAAACAACUGGGCAUAUGGUUACUCUGUUCAUGGACCCAGACAUGAAGAAUCUAUAAUGAAUCUAAUUCAGAAGGAAGUGGAGAAAUGUGACUCUUUGAGUGGUUUUUUCAUCAUAAUGAGUAUGGCUGGGGGCACAGGAUCAGGGCUAGGAGCCUUUAUUACCCAGAAUUUACAAGAUCAGUACUCCAACUGUUUGAAAAUGAAUCAGGUUAUAUGGCCUUAUGGAACUGGUGAGGUUAUUGUUCAGAACUACAACUCCAUUUUGACCCUUUCUCACCUGUACCGAUGUUCACAUGCCCUCCUUUUUCAUGAGAAUGAUGCUAUCCAUAAAAUAUGUUCAAAACUGAUGAAUAUCAGACAAAUCUCCUUUAAGGAUAUAAAUCAAGUCCUUGCACAUCAGCUGGGAAGUAUGUUCCAGCCUACUUAUUCUGUGGAAGGCUCAUUUCACUAUAGAAGAAAUCCAUUAGGAGACUUAAUGGAGCAUUUAGUUCCCCAUCCUGAAUUUAAGAUGCUGGGUGUACGUAACAUUCCUCAGAUGUCUGAGAACUCACUGGCAUACAGCACGUUUACUUGGGCUGGCCUCCUGAAGCAUUUAAAACAGAUGCUCAUUUCUAAUGCAAAAAUGGAAGAAGAUAUCAAUUGGCAGGUACGGGCCCCUUUAUCAGGACUUUCUGCUCUUGGCAAAAUGUCUUUCAGCAAGGAGCUUCAUUUUAACACUUCCAUUGCUAACUUGGUCAUCCUUCGUGGGAAAGAUGUGCAAAGUGCAGAUCUAGGAGGAUUUAAAGAUCCAGCUCUCUAUACUUCCUGGUUAGAGCCUGCUCAUACUUUCAAUGUAUGGAAAACUCAGCGAGCCUUCAACAAAUAUGAGAAGUUGGCAACAUUGGUCAGCAAUAGCCAGUUCUUGGUAAAACCACUUGAUAUGAUUGUGGGCAAAGCAUGGAAUAUGUUUGCUUCAAAAGCCUACAUUCAUCAGUACACAAAAUUUGGAAUUGAAGAAGACGACUUUUUGGACAGCUUCACAUUGUUAGAGCAGGUUAUUGCCAGUUACUGUAACCUCUGAUCUUG